CAUCUAUCUAGCCCCGUGUAAUCCUAUAAUUCAAGGACUCAGCCUUGUACAACUUGAUAUAAAUAUUUACCCAAAACACGAAAAAUGCCAGCACCUGUAGUCGAGAAGGAGUACAACGGGCGCCGCGUAGCCCGCAAGACGGCUACCGAGCUAGCCAGACAAUAUGCCGACCUCAUCGAGGGCAAAGUCAUACUAAUUACAGGUGUAUCACCCAUGGGCUUAGGAGCUGCCUUCAUCGACUUCAUCGCACCAAUGCGUCCUGCUACGCUAAUCCUCGCCGGCCGUAGUCCUAGUAAAAUGCAACAAACAGCAGAACAGAUUUCUGCAGUAUCACCAGAUAUUAAGGUCCGCAUGGUAAAACUGGAACUGGAAUCUCAAGCCGCUGUACGCUACGCCGCCGCCACCGUCAUGGAGUGGUCGGACGUUCCUCACAUCGACGUUCUUGUCAACAACGCUGGGGUUUGUGCUAUCCCCAGGGCCAUCACCGAAGACGGUUUCGAGAAGCAGUUUGCGGUCAACCAUCUAGGUCCUUUCCUAUUUACAAACCUGAUAAUGCCUAAGCUUGUGGCGUCCGGUGCCCCUCGAGUCGUUAAUAUCGGUAGUGAUGGUCACAACCUUAGCCCGAUCCGUUUUGAAGACCCAAACUUUCGAGAUGAAUCGACCUACCACACUUGGAUAGCUUACGGCCAGUCCAAGACUGCUAACAUGCUGAUGGCGCUCUCGCUGGCUGAGAAGCUCGGCCCACGGUAUAAUCUCCAUGCUUUCAGCGUGAACCCGGGGACCGUCCAGACGAAUCUUGCAGCAUUCCUCGACUGGAAACGCUCCUUUGCAGAUUUAGCCAAAACGUCUCGUCUACUGGGCCUCGCCGGGGGCUGGAAGCAAGACCGCGACUUUCAAACCAUAGAUGAGGGUACAGCCACCUACGUGUACGCUGCAUUCGACCCGGAGAUCACGGCCCACAACGGCGCACACCUCCUAGGGUGCCGCCUAGCCGACCCCUGGAAGGACGGGAUCAGGGCCUGGGCGACGAGCCCCAUCGAGGCCGAGCUGCUGUGGAGGAUGAGCGAGGAAUUGGUCGGCCAAGAGUUCGCGUACUAGAGAGUAUUCGGAACCUGAUUAAUGAUCGCACUAUAUAGACCAGUUGUGGACGUGUGUUAUACAAAGACGACCGAACGCGCGUUAGAUGGGGGUAGUACGAUGCGGGUGGAAAGGCUCGAUGGUUAACCGGUUAUGGUUCACCCGAAGAUCCAAUGGAGGGAGAUAGUAAAACCGACAAAAUUACAAAAGAAAUUGUAUUGGUCGAGAAAUAGAGAAGAGCAUUCUUUGUAAAGUGUGUGGUGUGAGAAUGUUAUAUAUGCUAUUCUGAUUGGACGUUUAUAUCCUUGUAGACGAUAUGUUUUAUGGAGAAUGUUUGUCUGUCUCUGGUGUCCCUCGCAACGUCAUGGGGGUGAUAUAGCUAAGGGUCCUCAGGAUAUAAGAUCGCAGCUAGUUGCAUUCGUUAGAUAUUGAUGUGAAGGGUAAUUGGACCGAUGCGUCUCGGGUUAAGACACGGCACGUUGAUGCGCGAAAGACGUUGUCUUCGCCACCAAGAUAGGAAACUUGGAUCGGCGUUUUGUUAACGCCGGACUUGAUGAUACAUGUGGUCGACUUAUACUACAACACGCUGGAUGAUUUGGUUUAUUUUGUCCCGCAUUCCUCCGCGAGGCUUCUUACGUAUAUUAUAAAGUAUCUAUCCUAGGUAGGGUCCGGAGUCUGUA